AUGUCGGAUCUUUUCGAAACGUACGAAUCCGAUUUCCAGUUGGCGUUACUGGAAGCCAAGUCCAAAUUGGCACAGAUUUCGGCUGUUGAGGGGGAAUCCAGAAAAAGCUACUUAAGAGCUAUAGAAGGUGCUAUUGAAGAGGGCCAGGAGGUGUUGGACCAAAUGGGUAUAGAAGUUCAGAACUUGCCCACUAAUCAGAGAUCAUCGUAUAACACCAAGAUACGUCAGUAUAAGUCACAGAUAGACGACAGCAAGAGCCGGUUGAACCAGUUAUUGAAUUCUCAGGACAAACACGAAUUGUUUGGUAGCAGAUACACUGACGAUGUAGAACCUGGAAGUUUGCAGGAUCAACAAAGAAAGACUCUUUUGGGCAAUAAUGCAUCGCUUGAGAGGUCGUCUCAAAGAUUAAAGGACUCUCACAGAGUGGCUCUUGAAACCGAGUCGAUCGGAGGUAACAUUCUCAACGACUUGAGAUCACAAAGAGACCAGAUCUCUGGAGCUAGAAAUACGCUUAUGACUGCUGACACUUAUGUAGACAAGUCGAUCCAAACCUUGAAGUCUAUGAGUCGUCGUUUGACGGCCAACAAGUUUAUAAGUUACGCCAUUAUUGCUGUGUUGAUCUUGCUCAUCUUCUUAGUGUUGGCCAGCAAGUUCUGGUGA